AUGUUCCUGGUCGCCACGGCAGCCCCGUUUUGCCGAAACGUAGUGAAACGGGGACAAAACGGGAUUGACGUGAGACAACAUCCACAUCAACUCCAUUACGACUCCAACAGCAGUGAGAUACUCAUGGAACUAGAUAUGAGAGUGACGUACGCCCAAUACAUGCACUACUACGAGAACCGAAGGCUGGUUCCUAGACGUGGUAGACGAGUGAAGAGGAAAGCACUGAGAUCCGAGUUUACCUACUGGCCAAACGGAAUCAUCCCCUUUACCAUCGACGAAACAUUCACUGUAGAAGAGAAGCGCCUAUUAUAUGCCUCACUGAAGGCGUGGAUGGAAAAUACAUGUAUCCAGUUUAUACGUGCCCGCCCUUCUGAUAAAGACGUUCUCAGCAUCCAGAACGGCCAGGGAUGCAACUCUUUCGUUGGUCGCGUUGGAGGAAAACAGAAUCUGAACCUGGAGAAAGGUUGUCGUGUGAAACACGUGAUGACCCACGAGCUGGGUCACGUGAUCGGACUCAUCCAUGAGCAUCAGCGCCCAGACAGGGAUGGCUACAUUAUUGUGGCCACGGAAAACGUAGGUGUGGGGCGCAUGAAGAACUACCGGAAGUUCGACACCAGCCGGAUCAGCCUGUUUGGGGUCGACUAUGACUACACAUCCAUCAUGCACUACGGGAAAACUGCAUUUUCGAAAGAUGACGUCUCCACCACAAUGGUAACAAGAAACCCGACGUUCCAGGAAAUCAUUGGGACGACCUCGAAGGUGUCAUUCAAAGAUGCAAAGAUUGUCAAUUCAAUGUACAAGUGUGAUAGCAAAUGCCAGCGCAAGCCAAACUGCGGAGAGGGUUAUGUGGACAAGCAGUGUCGUUGUGUGUGUCCCGGGGGCACACAAAGAUGCGCCCAAAGACGCUGGCGGACGGUUCAAUCAGUACCUAGAAGCACUCGAUAUCCUCCCACGAUGCGGUUGCCUGGUUUCAGCAACACAGGGUGGGGACGCAGAUACAGGCCACAGUAUGAACCGCGGGCAUUCCCGUCUAGGAAUGUAGGAUUUGGCCAAUAUUAUCCUAGUUUCCCAUAUUACAGUUCCCACCAUGAUGCCUACUAUCCUCAAUUCAAAUGAAACCAAACAUUGGAUGUCCUUUUAUCACACGACCGUGGGCAUCUGGAAUUCGGCGUUACUUGUUUGAUUGUUGGUUUUACGGUGCAGUGUAUCGAUUUAUGAGCAAAACCUCAAAACAGGAA